AGGGUCAGUUUGUAACGAAAAGACGAAGGUCGUGUUGUAAAUCUGUUGCUGCAAGCUUCAUUGAGUAUUUGCAUUUUUUUGGUCCCUUUAUCGAGUUUGCAUCCUCGCUGUAAACAUUUGAUAAUAAACAGCUUGGGGCUGGAUUUGCUUAUGUGCUGCUAGUUCUGGUUGAAGGCCCUGCUAUGGAAAUCCUCGGCACUCGUCUCAUUUCCCCCUCUCUGCUCCGUGCCGCCACCACCGGCGCUUUCCAACUCAAGGAGCCGCUGAACUACCGGCACGGAGGCCGGGUGCAGCCGGCCAAAGGGGAUGGGGACAGCAGGAUUGAGAAGGUGUAUGAACCCGCUACAGGACGUAUGAUAUGCGACUUUGUUUGCGCAAACCAGGAGGAAGUGGACCUCGCUGUGCAAAGCUCUAAAGAAGCAUAUAGAAGCUGGAGUCAGCUGUCUGGGUCAGAAAGAGGCCGCAUCUUACUUGAGGCUGCAAGACUCAUAAGAGAACAGAGAGAAGAUAUUGCAAUCGUAGAAUCCAUUAAUACUGGGAAGCCCAUUACCGAGUCAAGAGUUGAUGUGGACACAGCAUGGCAGGCUGUGGAAUAUUACGCUGGAAUUGCUGGGUCUCUAGCUGGCCAACAUAUUCAGCUCCCUGGAGGAUCAUUUGCUUACACAAGGAGAGAGCCGCUUGGUGUGUGUGUGGGCAUUGGGGCUUGGAACUACCCAUUCCAGAUAGCCUGCUGGAAGUCAGCUCCAGCUCUGGCUUGCGGAAAUGCCAUGAUUUUCAAGCCAUCACCUUUGACCCCUCUGACCGCCGUGAUGCUUGCCGAGAUCUACACACAAGCUGGGGCACCGAAUGGGUUGUUCAAUGUGCUUCAAGGGGCUGUAGAGACUGGAAAUCUCCUGUGCAAACACAGAGGUGUGGCAAAGGUUUCUUUCACUGGUAGCGUGCCGACUGGAAUCAAGAUCAUGGAAACGGCAGCAAAAAGCAUCAAGCAUGUCACACUCGAACUCGGAGGGAAAUCUCCGCUCGUCAUUUUCUCUGAUUGCCAUUUGGAGAAUGCUGUGAGAGGUGCAAUGCUGGCAAACUUUCUCAGCCAGGGAGAGGUGUGCAGUAAUGGCACCAGGGUGUUUGUACAGAAGGAUAUAAUGUCCAAGUUUGUGGAAAAAGUGGUGGCAAAGACAAAAGCAAUAAAAGUUGGGGACCCACUGCUCGAAGACACGCAAAUGGGAGGGCUCAUCAGUCGCCCACACAUGGACCGAGUAUUGUCUUAUGUGAAGCAAGCCAAGGAACAGGGUGCAACUGUUCUUUGUGGUGGAGAUCGUUUUGUUCCUAAUGAUCCGAAAUUGAAAGAUGGAUAUUUCAUGAAACCUUGUAUUCUGGGAAAUUGCAACGAUGAGAUGACCUGUGUUAAGGAGGAGAUAUUUGGACCUGUAAUGUCAGUGUUGGCAUUCGAAACAGAGGAGGAGGUUAUAGAGAGAGCGAAUAACACUGACCUCGGUUUGGCAGCUGGCGUGUUCACCAGAGAUUUGACUCGGGCUCAUCGGAUGGCAGCCGCUCUUGAGGCAGGGACAUGUUUUAUAAACAACUACAAUGUCUCCCCCAUUGAAAUGCCUUUUGGAGGAUAUAAAAUGUCAGGGUUUGGAAAAGAGAAUGGAAUAGCGACAAUUGAAUAUUAUACACAACUGAAAAGCGUUUAUGUGGAAAUGGGAGAUCCAGAAUGUUCUUUCUAAAUUGCAAUACUGUUCGUGCCUAAACUCGACCUCUUGUUUCAGGUUAGUUUAUAACAGUGGUGGCUCAUUUUCUUGUUUCUGAUUUAAAUGUCCAAACUGUGUGUGUUGAUAUUGAUUAUUCUGUCAUUUGAAAGCCCACGAUCACCAUUCAAACCAUAACUGGACCCUCUCUUGUAAAAUGAUUUUUGCUGUCCUGUUCUUCAUUAAAAUUGGAUUGUCUUGCUUAAUAAAAUCAAAACAUAUCUUCA